CCCAGCACUGGUGGAGCCAGAGUGAGAGCGGUGGAAGCGUUGGGCGCUCGCUGUCCACGUUGCUCAAGCCCCUGCCCCACAAAAUACACCCCAGGCUGCUUCGGGCGCGCGGCGGAUCCGCAGCGGCGGGGGCAGGCGAGAGGCGCAAGCCGUGCGGAGAGAGGAGACGGCGGGGCUGCCUACGGAGAGCCCCGGCUGCGGGAGGCGGUGAGGCGAGCGAGCGAGCCCGGCAGCCUGCAGAACGGGGCGGUGCAGCGAUCCCCCGCCUUCAUCGCAGCCCGGCAGGGGAGAGCGCGGCAGUAACAAAGCCCCGGGGCCCGGGGCGGAGACAGCGGGUGUGCAGCGAUCCCGCUUCAUCCCCAGCUCGCGGGGUGCGAGAGAGACCCCCCACCCCCCGGCUCGCCUCGCCCAUCCCAGCUCGCCACGGUGCCCUGUAGACAGCGAGAGGGAGGCGGAGGAAGGGGGGCGGGCGGCGAAGAAGGCGCCUCCAGCAUCCUGCUGCACCACAAGGCGAGCUUGGCGAGCCUGGCCAUGGCCGCGAUCCGCAAGAAGCUGGUGGUGGUGGGGGACGGGGCGUGCGGCAAGACCUGCCUGCUGAUCGUCUUCAGCAAGGACGAGUUCCCCGAGGUCUACGUGCCCACCGUCUUCGAGAACUACGUGGCGGACAUCGAGGUGGACAGCAAGCAGGUGGAGCUGGCCCUGUGGGACACGGCCGGCCAGGAGGACUACGACCGCCUGCGGCCGCUCUCCUACCCGGACACCGACGUGAUCCUCAUGUGCUUCUCGGUGGACAGCCCGGACUCGCUGGAGAACAUCCCGGAGAAGUGGGUGCCCGAGGUCAAGCACUUCUGCCCCAACGUGCCCAUCAUCCUGGUGGCCAACAAGAAGGACCUGCGCAACGACGAGCACGUCCGCAACGAGCUGGCCCGCAUGAAGCAGGAGCCCGUGCGCACCGAGGACGGGCGGGCCAUGGCCGUCCGCAUCCAGGCCUACGACUACCUGGAGUGCUCGGCCAAGACCAAGGAGGGGGUCCGCGAGGUCUUCGAGACGGCCACCCGCGCCGCCCUGCAGAAGCGCUACGGCGCCCCGAGCGGCUGCCUCAACUGCUGCAAGGUGCUAUAGGGCGCGCCGUGGGGCUGCCUUGGGGUCACUCGCCCGCCGGGACCGGGGGGACGCUGCACUGGGGGGUUUGCCCCUGCUAGGAGCCGUGCACUGGAGGUGAAGCGGGGAGACCCACGCGCUUAGCCCAGGGAGCGUGCGGGGGACAGAGAGCUGCCGUGCGGGAGGGCGCCUGCAUGCCCUGAGCCUUGGGGGAGGCGCCCAUCGUCCAGAGACCAAGGCUGCUCCCACCCCCUGCAAACCAAUGGCUCAUGGACUGUGAAACGCAGCCACUGCUGCUGAGAUUUAAGCGGGGGGGAAUGGACCCAGCUCCUCUCCCUUCUCUCCAGCUGGGGUUAUUAACCCAGUAUCUACUGCACCGAGACAGUCUCCUUUGUGAGAGGGAAUCCAUGCACAUGAGACACUCGGAAGAGACUUCCUCCUUCCUGUAUGUGCGCUCUUCCUACCCCAGGCCCUGAGUGCUUUGGGGUGGGGACUGCAUUUCUCAGACUUCCUGCAGUACCUCCCAUGGGGCAGAUUUCCUGGACUGAGCUGACCUCCGAUGUACCUGCUGUGUAACAUAGUUCUGUAAGGACUUGGAUCCAAAGGGGCAUCAGGGAAGGGUGGGUUAUCCAGUGUGUAUAUAUCUAAAUGUUAUUUUUGUUUGAACUGGGAUACUGAAAGGUGUGUUUAUUAUUUAAAGUAAACUGGGGAGUGGGUGCCAAACUACUCAGCCCAGCUUGAAUUUCAGUCAUUGAAAGGAACAGACACCCUUCCCCAACACAGUCAAGAAUGACUAAAGCCUGCUGUUUAAAGAGCUGAACUGACUCCAGUUGUAGAAGUCACCCAGCUGAACUGGAAAAGAUUGAUCUACCCUAGACAUCAGUCUCCUGAUGGCAGUCACAGCAGGAUGGGAACGGGUGGGGAGAAGCCCAGUGUUGCCAUGUAUUAUCUUGGUGCCUGCUCCUUCAGUUACAGUUGUCUUCUGCAAUUGUGUUGUUUCGGUUAAUUUAAAAAAUAUCAUUUUCCAGUGAGAACUUACUUUGCACAACUAGGUGUUAAAAUUAAAAAGUUAACACUUGUCAAAUGCAUAUAACACUGUAGCAUUAUGAACACUUUUGACAUAGUAACCUCAUCUGUUUUGGAUUUCUUUUAAAAAUGUCAAAUAAGAAAUAAAACCACUGUAUUUCUUUGAAAAGUGAAUGGAAACACUGGCUCCUUCCUCUCCCCUCCCAGAGCAGUUUAAAGUAUUUGGGUUUAUUUAAAAUUUAUUUUUACAGGGCAGCCAUUAAACCUGUGCUUCUCUGGUUCAGAGAACAAACCUAUCCAUCUAUUUUUGUCCUUUAUGAGGUAUUUUGGUUUCCCUUUUUGACAGUGGUACUGACAGUUUGUUUAGGGUUUUUGUUUUUUAAUGAACUGACAUGGCAAAAGCAAUGAGACUUAUAUGAUGUUUACAUAAAGUUAUAUAAGCUGUGUAUGCAGUUUUUUUUUAUGUAAAGUAUUAAAAGACUCUAUGAUGACAUUCAUGAGAA